GCGGGGCGGCGGCGGCGGCGGCGGCGCGGAGGAUGAAGUGGAGCGUGCGGGGAGCCUGCGCCGCGCUCUCCAGCUGCCUCCUGCUCGCCUGCGCCCUCAGCGCCGCCGCCGUGGGCCUCAAGUGCUUCUCGCUGGGCUCCGAGCUCAAGGGCGAGCCCUUCCGCCUGGGCACCGCCGCCGGCGCCUUCUACUCGGGGCUGCUGCUGGCCGCCGGCCUCUCGCUGCUCGCCGCUGCGCUGCUCUGCUGUCGCCCGCCCGACGAGGCGCCCGUGGCGCCGGCUCCGGCACCGGCCCCAGGACCGGCACCGGCCUCUGCUUUGGCCCCCGCCGGGGACCCGGACCCGGCGAGCGGCGGCCCCGGCGGGGCGGAGGCGGCGGCCGCGCCGUCGGGGCCGGUGGAGAAGGCGUCGCCCGGGGGGCGGCAGAACUUCCUGCUUCUGGGGGUGCUGGUGUUCAUGCUGGGCGUGCUGAGCGCCUUCGCCGGCGCCGUCAUCGACGGCGACACCGUGUCGCUGGUGGAGAGGAAGUACUCGCACUAUUGCCUGCUGCAGCCCGGCGGCGCGGCCCGCCCGCGGAGCGGACCCGCGGCCCCCGACGGCACCGCCGCGGCGCUCCGCUGCCAGAAGCUGCGGGACUACCAGCAAGGCUUGGUGCUCUCCACCGUUUUCAACGCGCUGGAGUGCCUCCUGGGCCUGCUUAACCUGCUUCUUGUCAAGAACUACAAGGCCGCGCAGCAGCGCGGACGGAGGCGGCGGCGGCGGCGAGCGGCCCCGGCGGCGGCGGCGGCGGCGGGCGGGCGGCGGCGGCGGCGGAGGGGCGGCGGCGGUGGGCGGCGGGCGCCGCGCCACAGCCAGGGCUCCCUCUUCUCCGGCGGCGAGCCCGAGCUCAGCCCCGGCGAUUGCCCCUUCCAGGCUGUCUCCUACAUCAACGUGGGCGUCUUCCACGUCUUCGACGAGGCCGGCGUGGAGGUGCACUGUGGCGGACAUCCCUCCGUCGAGCUGCCCGGCUACUCGCCCAUGGACCCCGAGCUCAACGCCUCCUAUCCCUACUGCUACCCUCUGCCCAGCGAGCACCCCCCUGCCUACGAGGAGAUCUACCCCGGGGAGCCCUGCGCUCACGGCACUUAACGCCGACCGCCGCCGGGACGCCCGGCUCCCCGCCUGGCCCCCGGAUCGCCGUGACAGCCGGGAGCGGGCCCGCCAGCGCUUCGCAGCCGCGGGGCUCGGGGACAGUUCUCGCACCACCGACGGGAUGGUCCCGCCGUCGCGGGCGCAGCGGGACACGGGCGGCGUGCCGCCGUGCCUCUGGCUCUGCGGAAGCUUCUCUUCCCUCUCUCCCUGCUCUCCUCUUCCUUCCCCCCUUCCCUCCCCCACACCGACCCUUCGUCCGCCGGCGGCUGAAUUUUCCGAAGGCUGCGCAAGAAACGCCUAAGGGUUGGUUCCUCCCGUCGCCUCUCCUCUGUAGCCAAGUUUAGUUCCCUUCAAGUGAUUCAUCAGUCUCCAGCUUUAGCAGUCCAGAGUUACCCAUUUAUGAUAACCAGCCAGUGUAAGGAAAAGGUGUCAUGAAGCUUCUUUACCUCUCAAAAGAGCUAAAUUUCUAAACAACGCAGAGACAUUUGUGUCACGUUUACUAGAGGUGUAUUGGGGAUCUUUAACGUUUACACUACUCCUUGGGAGAAUUGAGUUCUGUUUUAAGAUUUAGUGAGUUAAAACAUUCGUUGGUCUUGUAAGAUGCACAUUGAGAAAAACCUGCACUUUGAAAAAGAAACAGGAAAAAAUCAACAACGUUUUUGUACACUAACGUGCCUGCUUUUGUUGAUAACUUCUUACUGUAAAAGCUUUCAGAAGUCUAUAGUGAAAAUGUUUGGUAAAUUCACUGCAGUUUAAAAUUGAUGAUUAGUUCCUUUACUAAAAUAACUGAGAUGUUGCUAGGAUAUGGCAGUUAAAAAGGAAGUCCAAAUGUAGUACACAUUCCUUUUUGUAAACAGGUUCUGUGUUUUUAAUGCAAGGCAGGAUUUCUUUUUGUUUUGCACAGGUGAAGGGUAUAAUUCUAUUUUGUACAACUACAUGGUUUACCUUGUAAAGAGUUCCAUUUUACCUGUUACAAUUCAUCAAUCUGGUAAGCUUGAAUAUUAAAAGUUUUAUUUGAAAAAUAUAUAUAUUGUAAACAGCCUUAACUGGUGCAGUAGUCACAGUUUUAAAGGAUAAAAAAUAUAUAUAUAAACCAUCCUGGAAGACAUCUUCCAAAUGUGUUUUCAAAACAGUAUUUCUACUCCUAUUUUAAAGCAAAGAUUUUGUUUGUUGUUUGUUUUGUUUGUUUAUUUAAAGAAAGGCCAGUCUAAUUUCUGAAAAGGGGGAGGGGGAAAGUGAUGGGAUCGUAUGCUGUUAACUCUUCAUGAACUUUGAGGUAUUAAAAAGGGUUUCUGCAAAGAGAAGAA